CCGCCAUAAAACCCACAGAAGAAGAAGAGGAAGCAGAAGCAGCAGCAACUCAUCAGACAUUUGUGAAGGAGCUUUCCAUCGACAUUUACUUUUAAAAAUAGGGAUAUAGCUUAAGAAAACACCUGUAGUUUAAUUAACAAGAUGUAUAGACCUAAUUUGAUGGUUUUUGUUUUAUAUUUUUCAUUAGAAUGUAUUUGCCAGAGCCAAAGCGCCAUCUACUCCCUGAAUUACAUCUACACUGCCCUCUCAAAGCCAGUAGAAUUGCCUGGUAUCCAUGAGUUCACUGCCAUGGGCCUGAUCAAUAACAAACAGAUCGACUACUAUGACAGUGUGGCAAAGAAGAAGAUUCCCAAACAGGACUGGAUGAGGGAGAAGCUGCCAGCAGACUACUGGGAAAAAGGCACUCAGUCACGCAAGAGCAAGGAGCAGUGGUUCAAAGUUAACGUCAACAUCCUGAUGGACCGCAUGAUGCAUAACAGCACUGAUGUCCAUAUCCUUCAGUGGAAGCAUGGCUGUGAGAUUGACCAACAGCCAGACGGCACAUUGAAAUUCAUGAAGGGCAUUGACCAAUACAGCUACGAUGGUGACGACUUCCUGGCCUUCGAUGAUGCCACUAUGCAGUGGGUGGCCCCAGUUGAUCAAGCUCUGCCGACUAAGAGGAAGUGGGACGGGGUGCAGAUCCUCAACCAGUACACCAAGGGCUACCUGGAGAAGGAGUGUGUGGACUGGCUGUCUAAAUUCAUGGAAUAUGGGGAGAAAGAAUUCAGUAGUGCUGAUUCCCCUCCAAAGGUAUAUCCAUUUGCUAAAAAGGCCCAAAUUGCAGGACAUGUCCGACUGACCUGCAUGGCCACAGGGUUCUAUCCCAAAGAUGUGGUUAUGCAUAUUAAGAAGAAUGGUGUUCCAUUGACCAAACAUGAUGGAGUGCUGUCUACAGGAGUCCUACCCAAUGAUGAUGACACCUACCAGAUCAGGAUGAGUGUGCAGAUCCCAGAGGCAGAUAAGGAAACUUAUGAAUGCUAUGUCAACCAUGACACUUUGAAGGAGCCAAUUGUGGAAAAAUGGGAUGGAAAAUGUUGUGACUGCGGAAGUGUCGUUGGUGGAGUCAUUCCGGCAGUCAUUGUCAUUAUUGGAGUUCUGAUCUUGGUGGUCCUGUUGGUUCGGUACAGAAGAGUCAUAAUUGGUUGUUAGAUGACCAUUGGUGGCUAAAACUUCCUGACCGGACCACGAAGGAAAGUCAAUUCAUUUCAUAAUUUUAUAGUAUGGCUAUUGCUAACGCUUGUUAUUCAGUUACAUGUUGAUGUAGCUCAUUCUCUUCAAUGGAUGUAUUCUGUCAUAUAUUUCAUUGUUUUACUGUUACAGUGGAUGUUACUGUAUGGAGAGGCAUCUUUAAGGUAUUUGUAUAGGUCUUCAGGGAUUAUAACUAGACCUGUACUAGAUCAGGGUUAUAUAAGUCUACAGGUAUAUGCUGAUAUGUUUUUAUACCUCUGGCAAAUCAAUGACAUACUCAUUUUUAAGUAACAUUUCAAAAGAGUUGUAGACAAACAUUUUAAGUAAUAUUUUGAGUAACAAAAAAGCACAUGUUCUUUACAGUGUUUUUACCAGAUUGUGUAUCUUGUUUUAAGGUCCUGCAAGUAUAUGUAAAAGUUUUAUGUUGUUUAAUAUUGUAGAGCAUUGUUAAUACUUGGGGUAUUUGCAAUAUCAUUUGUUAUGAUUGUUUAUUUCAACCUAGGGCCCAUUUCAAAACCGUUCACUGGGUUUCCAGGCUAAGACAAAGCUACACUUGAAUUAAUAUGCAGUGGAGUUUUUUUAAUAUCACAUUGUAAACAUUGAUGUAUGGAGGACACAAGUAAUUCCAACAUGCAGUCUUGAAGCUCAAGACAAAAAUAUUUUGUAUCUUCUGCCAGAAACCUAGUCAGGGGUUUUUAAUGAAUAGGGCCUCUAGUGUUAUGCAUACUACCUCUGGACUAAAUGCAUUCACCAAAGUAUUUCUUUAAUUUUGCUUGGCAUUGCUGUUACUAUUUACUAAACCAGUAUUUUACAUGACUUAAUGCAUACAUGCCCACGGAUGUACACACACAAUGUGUAUAAUUUGUACUGCUUUUGAAACAUCCUGUAUGAGUUAUUCGUUUUUCUGAAAAAAAUACAAAAUAAAUAAUUCAAGCCCUU